AUGCACUCUACCUUGUUCUCUUUAUUGACCUUGGCAGCCAUUGGCCAAGCUGCCUCGUGCUCUGCUGGUCGCAAGUUCUCUCUCAAGAGGAGUUAUGAUGCUAGUAACUUCUUUGACGAGUUCUACUUUCGAGAUGCGGCCUACUACGAUGGUAUCGAUCCUGCAUAUGAAGGAGAUCCUACCCAUGGAUCGGUCAACUACGUGAACCAGAGCAAUGCUCUAGCUUCCGGACUCAUUAGGACAAACGCGAAUCAGGUAUACGUCGGCGUUGAUGCUAGUCAUAAGUCAAAGCCUGUUGGUUCAAGCAAGACCAGACAUGGCAGGGACAGUGUUCGUCUUGAGUCAAAGGAAACCUAUGACUCCGGACUCUUGAUCGCAGAUAUUGAGCACAUGCCUGGAACGGCAUGUGGUGUUUGGCCAUCUUUCUGGUCGUACAACUUCGACGAGGACCCCGUUGGAGAGAUCGACAUCAUUGAGGGUAUCAAUGACCAGAGCCAAAACGUAGUCUCGCUUCAUACGUGCGGCGCUUGCAAGUUCACAAAGAUCGGCGGCCUUGACGAGCGAUCCAAUUGCAACAACGGUGGAACAGAGUCUGAUCAAUGCGAAGACGGAACCAACUUUGACGGAUGCGGUAGCACUCAUGCUGAGGGAUCGUACGGCUCCGCUUUCAACAAGGCCAAGGGUGGCGUAUACGCUACCUGGUUGGAGUCAGAUGCUCUCAAGAUCUACUGGUUCCCUCGCGACAAGAUCCCAGCCGACAUCAAAUCUGGCAAGCCUGAUCCAUCUAAAUGGGGAACGCCUGCCUCCAAAUUUGUCAGUGGCUCCGGAUGCGACGUCGGAAAAUACUUCAAGGGACAAACUAUUAUCAUCAACACUUCUUUCUGUGGAGAUAACAUCGAUCAGGACACUUGGGAUGGAGAGUGCAGAGAGUCAACUGGCGCAAAGACCUGCGACGAAUAUGUCACGAACAACCCUGAAGCAUUCAGUGACGCAUAUUGGCUAUUCAACUCUAUCAAACUGUAUCAGUAG